AUGGGUUUUUAUUUUGUUAACAACUCCGUCAUCACUGGAAUUACAUCUAAGGACAGCAAAAAUUUCCAUUUAAUGGUUUACGGCUGCGAAAAUAUCACAUUUGAUGGCGUCAAAGUUACUACUCCUGCUGACAGUACAAACACGGAUGGAAUCCACUUGGGAAAAUCAACUGAUGUUAAAAUUCUUAAUACCGACAUUGCUACUGGAGAUGAUUGUGUGUCAUUGGGUGAUGGUAGCAGAAAAGUACUUAUCCAAAAUGUGAAUUGUGGACCUGGUCACGGUAUUAGUGUUGGAAGCCUUGGAAAGUUUAAAAAUGAAGAUAAUGUAGAAGGUUUGAGAGUUAAGAAUUGUAAAAUGUCAGAUACUGAUAAUGGAGUGAGGAUAAAAACUUGGCCAUUUGGACCAGGAACACUUACUAUUACUGAUAUGCGUUUUGAAGAUAUUACCAUGAAUAGUGUUAGGAACCCUAUCAUCAUUGACCAAUACAGUGGUGUGCCAUGCGAUGGUGUCGAAUUAAGUAAUAUUGAUCUCAAGUUUAAUGGAAAACCAGCAAAAGCUGUAUGUUCUAAUGUCAAACCUAAAGUUUCAGGAAAUGCUCCUAAAUGUGAAGCUUAUACUCCACCUCCCUCCGGCUGA